AUGGUGGUGGCUUGGGCCAAGGGGACCCUCCUAAACAUCAGCGUGAGUGACCACGGCCGGUCGGACUCCCUCCUCCUGUCCUGGGAUGAGCCGGAGGCGGGUGCCAAGGGAUAUUCACUCGCCCUCUCCUCCCUGGAGUCGGGCACACCGCUGCAGAAUGGAUCUGCUGGACCCAACAUCACCAGCUUCUUGUUCCAAGGGCUGAGCCCUGGCAUGCGCUAUGAGAUUGAGGUGACAGCCACGCUGGCCUGCAUGGAGACCACCAGCCAGACAGUCACAGCACAGACAAGUCCUUCUCCUGUCCGCAAUCUGAGCCUGAGCAGCGAUGGGAGCCCUGCAGCGCUGCUCGCCUCCUGGACGCACGCCCAUGGACAGCGAGACGGGUACCACCUCGCCCUGUACCACAGCGACUCCCAGACGCUGGUGAGAAACGCGUCUGUCCUGCCAAACACCUCCAUGUUCCUGUUUGACGGGUUGCUGCCAGGCAGCGAGUACGCCCUGAAGGUCAGCACGCUGGCUGGACCCGGGCAGGCGAGCACCAGUAUCCACCAGUGGACAGCUCCCUCCAUCCCCACGCAGCUGAGGCUCAGCCCGGGCUCCAGCACCAGCCUCGUUGCCUCCUGGGCGGGCGCUGGAGGGGCCGCCUGGCUGCACCUCGUGCUCCACAACCUCCUCACCCAGACGGUGUCCACCACCUUGUCAGCCAGGAGGGGCCUCACCAGCUACACCUUCCAGCAUCUCCACCCUGGCACCCAGUACCAGCUGGGACUGAGCACCGUGGCUGGGCCCUACACGGCCGAGGGUCCCAAUGCCACUGCUUGGACAUACCCCCUGAGCCCUGGCAAUGUGACCCUGAGCAGCGCAGAGGAGCAGAGCUCCUUGCAGGCUCGCUGGAGCAUCCCGGCGGGAGAGAGGGACUUCUACCUGGUGAUGCUGCAGGAGGGCGAGGACGGCGCUCCCACAAGGAACAUCUCCGUCGGCAGAGACAGCGCUCAUGUCACCUUCCACGGACUCAGCCCCGGGAAGCGAUACACUGUGCAGGUGACGGCGGUGGCUGGGCCGUACAGGGCAUCAGCCCGCAGCACAGCAGCCUGGACACAGCCACUGCCACCAUCUGGUGUGAGUCUGUCCAGCCAGGGGAGCUCCGACAGCCUCCUGGCCAGCUGGGAGGAGGCAGCGGGAGAGGGAUACGUGGUGGCCCUCGGCCCCGCAGAGCACCCCGUGAAGAACAGGUCACUGCUGAGCGGUGUCACCAACUGCACCUACGAGGGCCUCCGCCCUGGGACUCUCUAUGCCUUUGAGGUCAGCACUGUGGCUGGCCCCUACACAUCCCCACCCCGGCGCAUUGCCAACUGGACACAUCCUUUGUCCCCGGAGCAGCUGACCCUCAGCAAUGAGGGUGGCAGCACCUCUCUGCGAGCCUCCUGGAGAGCAGCUCCCGCUGGCAGCACCGGGUACACGGGUACCCUCUGGGAAACCAAGUCCCAGGAGCAGGUCAGGAACGUGACUGUGGGGAACACCUGGACAAACGUCACCUUUGAGGACCUGGUCCCCGGGCGGCAGUAUACACUGGAGAUGGCUUCUAUGGCUGGACCUUACAGAUCCCCUGUGCAAUCAGCCACAGACUGGACAUACCCCCUGGCUCCGGCCAGCGUGACCCUGGCCAACACCCGACGCCCGCUGGGACUCUCUGCCUUCUGGGACAAGGCUGCAGGUGAUGUGGACCAGUUCCACCUCCAGCUUUACAGCAAGAGCCAUUCAGCACAGAGGAACAUCUCAGUGGGACCAAACACCCACAACUUCACGUUUCUGGGGCUGUCCCCUGGCAUUCAGUACUUCCUGAAGGUGACCGUCCUCGCUGGACCGUACAGAUCCUCGUCGCAUUUUGCCACCGAGUGGACAUAUCCACUCUCUCUGGCUAAUGUGAGCGUGCAGCCUGGCCAGACACCCCAGGAGCUACACGUGAGCUGGGUGGAGUCAGGCGGUGGCAGAGACCACUUGGUACAGCUCUCAGUGGCGGAGUCCCUGUCCAUCAUCAGGAAUGUGUCUGUCCCCCGUGGAGUCACCCAGCUGGACCUGGAGGGGCUGGUGCCAGGGUCCCGGUACCGCGUGGAGAUAAUUUCUCAGGCUGGGCCUCAUCGCACCUCCUCUCAGACUGCCAUCGGCUACACUGUCCCACUUCCUCCUCUUCCCCUCUUGGCAAGCCCUGUCAGCACUUCCCCGGCUCUGGUUGUGCAGUGGGAGACCCCCCCCGGGCUGAGGGAUGGAUAUGGGAUCAACGUGCAUGAGGAGGGCUCCUCUUCACCAGUGAGGGACCUGGAAGCAGGGAAAGACAGCACCAAUGUCACCCUGGCACGGCUGGCACCGGGAACUUGCUACCUUGUUGGGAUCUGGGCAGUAGCUGGACCCUACCGCUCCCUCCCCAAGAACAUCACUGGCUGCACAGUUCCUGCUGCACCAACAAACCUGACCCUUACCAACCCAGGCAGCUCCUCAGAGCUUUACGCACGCUGGAACAAGCCCCCCGGCAGGAGGGACCACUACCGCGUUGUUCUGCACAGCCUCAGCACCCACAGCAGGAAGCGGGACCAGACCUUGAGUCCAGACGUGCAGAACAUCACCUGGACUCACCUGGAGGCAGGCAGCAGGUUUGCUGUGCAGGUCACUGCUGUGAAAGGCUCCUUGGAAGCCUCCUCUGCCAACAUCACCCAGUGGACGCACCCCCUGGCACCCACGAGGCUCACCCUGCGCAGGCCCUCUGCCUCCACGCUGCAGGCCUCCUGGGCAGCAGCAGGACGAGCGGCAGAAGGUUACGUGGUGGACGUCUACGACACCGCCUCCAGCCGUCGUGUCGGGAGCGUGGUGCUGGCCGGGGGUGACAGGAGUCACACCUUCAGCAACCUGAGCCCCGGCACCCACUACAGCAUGGCAGUGAGGGCCACAGCGGGGCCCUUCCACACCAGCACCCCCAACUUCACCCACUGCACACGCCCACUGCCCCCCACCACUGUGCACUGGCUGAGCACGGGGCACCCCGACAGGCUGAGUGCAUCCUGGGGAGCUGCAGCCGGGGGGCGAGACAGCUACACACUGACCCUGUACCACACACAGCUGGGCACUGUGGCAGGCCCAACCUCCCCUGGCAGAGACACCCACAACUUCACCUUCCUGGGCCUGGCCCCAGGAUACGAGUACUCCCUGGAGGUCAGUGCCAUGGCUGGACCAUACCAGGCAGCAGCACCCAACAUCAGUGGCUGGACACUGGUGACAAAGGUGCUGCAGCUGGGCUGUGGCAAUAAGAGUGACCGGAAUGAGGAAGGGUUUUCAUGUGAGGGACCACAGAAGGUGAGCAGCAUUAAAGGCCCACUGCCACCGACCACUGUGCAUUUGCUGAGCACGGGGCACCCAGACAGGCUGAGCGCGUCCUGGGGAGCUGCGGCCGGGGGGCGAGACGGCUACACACUGACCCUGUACCAUGCACGGCUGGGCACUGUGGCAGCCACGGCUUCCCUUGGGAGAGACACCCACAACUUCACCUUCCUGGGCCUGGCCCCAGGCAGCAAGUACGUGCUGGAGGUGGUGUCCACGGCGGGGCCCUACAGGACACCUGCAGGGAACGUCAGCAACUGGACGCGUGAGUACCCCGCUUUGAGGGUGGUGUGGGCAGUCACAAGGAUCAUGGUAAAGGACACGGCCCUGCUGACCUUCAUGGCAGACCCAGAGCCCUGCUUGAGCCCAAGGGCUCAUCAGUGCCAUGGCACCAAGCAGUGUCAGCUCCCCCAGCCUGGAUUAGACCAGCUGCAGCUCUGGGGUCUGCUUCAGAGGAGAGUCAUGGAGGAAGGAGCAGUAGACGAGGGCAUUCACCUUCUCUCCUCCGGCCGGCUGGGUGCUCCCUCCUCCCCCAUCCCUGGUAUCUCACUCCAGCUGGGCCAGGGGUGUCUCUGCUUGGACAAGCACCACUUGAAGCUUGGAGAAGCUGCUUUUGGCUGCCUCAAGCCUGGUGGAUGCAGCCGCCCAGUGGAGAUGAAGUGCGCUGUCCUGUGUGGUGCCACCCUUACAAUGACAGUGCCGAGAUACCCGGGCAGUGUCCUCAGACCCUUCACUGACAUCUCCCAUCCUGUCUCUUCAGACCCCCUGGCACCCCGUAACGUGUACAUGACGAACCAGGGCUAUCCCAACAGGCUGAGCGCAUCCUGGCGAGCAGAACCCCAAGGACAUGACAGUUACAGGCUCCUCCUGUACCACUCGGGGUCAGGUAUUGUGGCAGCCAAUGUAUCUGUUGGGAAAGGCACCAACAAAUUCGUCUUUUCUGGCCUGGCCCCAGGACACAAAUACAUCCUGCAAGUGGUGUCCGUGGCAGGGCCCUACGCAGCCUCCGCAGGGAACAUCAGCGACUGGACAACCGAAGGGAACAGCACAGUGCUCAUCUCCUGGGGCAGUGUUUCUGGACAGCAGGACGAGUGCCAGCUGUGGCUGCGGGAUCUCAGGAACAGCAGCUUAACCUGGCGGCACGAUCUGCUCCGGGGACAAGUCCAGCACCUCCUGCAGGGGCUGGUCCCGGGGAGGAACUACUCCGUCUCCUUGAGCUGCGUGGCCGGGCCCUACUGGAGCAGCACCAAAGCCUUGGCAGUGCCGAUGGCCCUGGGCACAGAAGGCUCCGAGGUCACCGAUGUCCAGCUCUGCUCCUCUCCCAUUGACCUAGGGACAGGCAAGCCGAACCCGGUAGAGAAUGUGCAAUGCCUACCGGAGUCAAGGAGUCUUUACUUGAACUGGACCAGCUCUCCUGGAGAUGUGGAGGCCUAUGAAGUGGUGACAGAGAGACUCUCUGAUGGACUUCCCCCCUCCAAGUAUGCCAUGAUCAUCCCUACAAGCGAGGCCAGUCUGGAGGGUCUGGAGCCAAACUCAUCGUACCAAAUUGUUGUGAGCACAGUGGGCAUGAACGCCUUGAGGAGCCAAGCCGUGACUCUGCUCUGCAACACCACAGUGGACGCCCUGCCUCCGCCCUUGCGAGAAGACAUCUUCCAGGUGGAGGCCAGCUCCACGGUUAUCAUUUCAUCGGACCUGUUCAGCGAGGAGAAUGGCCAGAUUGAGUAUUAUGGUGUGAUUGCUACCACCAAUGACUCACUGCUGAGGCCCACCCAGGAAAUCAUGUCCAGCACAUGGUAUGACCACUAUUACGGGACAGAGGACUCCUACCUGGCUGUGCUAAUCCCCAACCCCUUCCAUCCGAGCCCCAGGAGCUCCACUGAAACCUGGCGAGUGCCCGUGGGGACAGAGGAGUGUGGCCAGUCCAGGGCAACGUGCAACGGGAAGCUGAAAGCCAACGAGCAGUACAGGUUCAGCAUCGCUGCCUUCACCAAGUACGACCCAGUAGCCCCCGCAGUGACGUUCACCAUGUUCUCAGGUGCUGGGUCCGGUGCAGACACAACUCCACUCUCAAUGCCAAUAAUCACUGGAAUAAUUGUGGGAUUUCUCUUGACACUCGCAGCUAUUUUUGCUUUGGUCUACUGGAAGCAGCUCAGAGCAAAGAGAACCCAGAAGCGCAGCCUGCCCCAGGAAAUGGUGACCUACAGCUUGAGAAACGUCCAUCGGCCAAUUCCCAUACAGAACUUCAAGCAGUACUAUGAGAUGAAGACAGCUAACCAUGCGUUUUUCCAGGAGUUUGAGGAGCUGAAGGAAGUUGGGAAGGAGCAGCCGAAGGUGGAGGCCGAGCUACCAGCAAAUGUCUCCAAGAACAGAUAUCCCCACGUGCUACCCUAUGAUCACUCUCGGGUCAAGCUGAGUCAGCUGGGGGAGGAUCCACACUCAGACUACAUCAAUGCCAACUUCAUGCCUGGCUAUACGUCCCAGCAGGAGUUCAUUGCCACCCAGGGGCCCCUGAAGAAAACGAUAGAGGACUUCUGGCGGCUGGUGUGGGAGCAGAACGUCUGCAACAUCAUCAUGCUGACGGUGUGCAUGGAGAAUGGGCGGGUCCUCUGUGAUCAUUACUGGCCAUCCGAAUCUGCCCCGGUCUGCUAUGGGCAGGUCCGGGUCCACCUGCUGGCACAGAGCAGCUCGGAGGAGUGGACCAUGCGCGAGUUCAAGCUGUGGCACGAGGGUCUCCAGGCAGAGCGGCACGUGUCCCACCUGCACUACACGGCAUGGCCUGAUCAUGGGAUCCCGGAGUCCACAACUUCCAUUAUGACCUUCAGGGAGCUGGUCCGGGAGCACAUCCAGAGCACCAAGGAUGCAGGGCCGACCCUCGUGCACUGCAGCGCCGGGGUGGGCCGCAGUGGCACCUUCAUCGCCCUGGACCGGCUGCUGCAGCAGAUGAAGCAGGAGAAGGUGGUGGACACGUUUGGUGUUGUUUAUGCCUUGCGGAUGAACCGUUACCUGAUGAUUCAGACACUGUCCCAGUAUAUUUUCCUGCACAGCUGUAUCCUGGACAAGAUCUUGGAGGAGCCAAUCCUCGGUUUGUCAGGGACAGAGAGGUCCUGCCCCAUCCCACUGAAAAGCUUUGCUCAGCACUAUGCCCAGAAGGCAGCCAAGUCCCAUGUGGGCUUUCUGAGGGAGUAUGAGACCCUCCUGGAGGUUGUCAAGGAAGAAGCCAGCUCUGCAACACCAUCUUCAGGCAACCAGCAGACACGGCCCUCUUCCAGCAUCCUCCCAUACGAUCGCUCCAGAGUGAAGUUUUCCCUGCUGGAGCAGGGCCCUUUCUCAGGUCUCCUGCAGGUGUGGCGUGUCCCGGGCUGCAGCUCCAGCAGGGAGUAUCUGGCUGUCCAGGGACCUGACAAGUUGACCAUGGAGGAUUUCUGGACGCUGGUGUGGGAACAGGAGGUUCACACCAUCCUAACACUUCUCCCAUGGCAGGAGAAGGGGGAGGUCCCAAGUGAGGCGUGCUGGCCCCUGGAAGGAGACUCUCUCUGCACAAAGACGCUGACCAUCCAGUGUGGCACAGAGAAGCUCAUCUCUGGAUGGAGAUGCAUCCAGCUCAAAAUGAAACACGAGAAGAAAGGCAAGGAGAGGCAGGUACAGCGAUUCCUAUACACGCUCUGGAGCAGCAAGAAACAGCCAGAUGUCCAGAGCCUGGUGGAUCUCCUCACUGCUGUCAGGCGGUGCAUGCCUCACCGAAAGAGAGCCGGUCCUCUCCUGCUGCACUGCAGCGGUGGCGUGAGCCAAAUGGGGACACUGAUCUCCCUGGAUUGCCUGUUGCACCAGAUGAAAGCUGAGAGGGUCGUGGAUGUCUAUGGGGUGACACUCCAGCUGGCGAGAAGCUGCUGCCUCAUGACCCCGACUCUGGACCAGUACAUGUUCCUGUACAACUGCAUCCAGGACAUCGUUGCUCAGAAGCAGCCCUAA